GAUGUGAAUCAAACCUCGCGAGGACAAAAUAGGUCCAGGACCGAGCGCAUCCGUCCAUCCUCCCCGGCUCAGACUCUCCCUCUUCGGCCUGGAUGCUGCUGGAGGCUCCGACCUUCACCUGGAUCUGUGCGCCGCGCUGCGCUGCUUCUCCCUGCCUGUUUGAGAGCGAGGCCGCGGGGCUGGGGAUGGAGGCAGAGUCCGGGCAGUGAUCAGACUGUGGGGGUCGUUGUGUGAAGACCCAGGCCCUGCUGGGCUUUGUUGUCCCUUCGUGGCGGAGCCUCCUCCGGCUUCUCUCCUCGGAUUUCAGCCUAUUUCUGCUCCGGAGAAGAAUCAUGGAGAAAAUCAGGGUCUGAGACCUUUUAUUCUUUUUCUGCAGUUUCUGAAGAAAGAGUUUCUGAACCAGGAUCCAUCGAAGGAGAACAUCUUUCUUAUCAGUGGUCUCUUCACCUCCAUUUAUCUGUCACCUCUCAGUCUCCACCUCCCCCUCCUCCUCCCAUCAUGGCUCCAGCUCUCUGCUCCUCCUGGUUCAUCUGCCUGCUGCUGCUUCUGGUUCUCCCCGGCGUCCGGAGCUCGUUCCCCCGCAGCGGAGUGAGCAGCAGUCCGGACUGCGGCCCCGGGAAGGCCGUCGACUGCCCAGAUCUGUCAGAGAAGAAGAGCGACCUCCGUGUGUGUGAUUCUGGAACGUGUCGCUUCGGAGGAACCUGCCGCGAGAACGGAGCUGACAUCAAGUGUGUGUGUCAGUUCCACUGUCAUAAGAAGUACGUCCCUGUGUGUGGGUCAAACGGGGACACGUACCAGAACGAGUGUUUUCUGAGGAGAGCCACCUGCAAGAAGCAGAGAGCCAUCGGCAUCCUGUCGGAGGGAGCCUGCUACCACGAUGCUGGUUCAGGAUCUGGAGACGGAGAUGACGAGGGCUCAGGUCGCGGUAAAAAGGCCUCGAAAUGUGGAAUCUGCAAGUUCGGAGCUGAAUGUGAUGAAGACUCUGAGGAUACACUCUGCAUGUGUAACAUAGUGUGUAACGGCCACAACGACAACCCGGUGUGCGGCGGUGACGGCCUCACCUAUGAGACGCCGUGCCACGUCCGAGAGGCGUCCUGCCUCAAGCAGCUGAAGAUCGACAUCAAACACGUGGGACGCUGCCAAGACAAAAACAGGAAGGACGACGGCAUCAAGACCAAACCCGACAUUUACAGUGUGUCCAAGCCCGGUGAGGGGGAGGGGUUUGUGGACAGCGUGACUCCGUGUUCUGAGGACUACGCUCAGUUCUGUGAACACGGACAAUGUGAGAUGAGACACAACCUGGCGACCUGCAGGUGUGAGGCAGCAUACGGCGGUCCUCAGUGUGACCAGCUGCUGGACUUCAACAUCCUGUACGUGGUGCCCAGCGGACAGAAACUACACUACGUCCUCAUCGCCGCCAUCAUCGGGGCCGUUCAGAUUGCAGUCAUCGUGGCUGUGGUCAUGUGCUUUACCAGGAGGUGCAACAAGACGAAGCGUGGGCGGAGACAGAAGCAGCACCUCGGGCACUUCCCGUCAGGAACGUCCUCCAGGAUGAUGUAGCUGCUCAUGUUUUUGAGAAAUACAGUUUUUCGUACCACACAGACAGACUGCAUUUUUGAUAUCUCAACUUUUUGGUGCCUCCUAAUUCCUUAUUUUUCAAAGAUAAUUUCUGACUUUCUUCAGGGGCCUUAUUUUGAAAUGUUCCUCCAUGUUUGAUUCCUUUUGUUUGACUCUAAGUUCUGCAUCAGUCAGAACAGAGACGUACAGUUUGGUCGGUGUUGGCCGUGAUGCUCUCGUCCUCUCAAAUCUGAAUCUCUGUGGAUCCUGCGACAGGAAACUUAAUUUAUCUGAUUGUACCGUCCAAAUGUUUCCCUUUGUUUUCACCCUGUGAGAUGCAGACUGUCUUUGCUUCUGUGCUUUUGUUUAGAUUUAUUUUUGAAGGUAAAAUAGAUAAUUAAUUCAACCUUGUUUACAUGGUGCGUACGUUAGGAUUAUGGAAAAACAGCCAUUGAAUAUUUAAUUCUGACAAAUACCACCAUAUUUAUCUGGUUUGAAUUUGCUUCUUUGAAACUUCAGAAACUGUAUUUGUGAUCAAUCUUAACGUCCUGGAUGUGCAAACUUUAAAUUCACUGAUGAAAUUGUAGCAGCUAGUGUAGUUAUUAUUUUAAAAAAAAAAAACUCAAAUGUUUUUAUCAGAGUUUAACAUUUAAAGUUAUAAUAUAUAACGUUUUCACUUUAGAAUCUAAAAAGUAAUUUAACACUUAUCAAGGUAACAGUGCGUUUCAUUUAUUGCAUCAUAAUCCGGUUUGUGCAUGUGUCAGCAGUCAGAGGAGAAUUCAGCUCCUCAUCAAACCUCCUAAACUAUGAAGGAAUCCAAACCUGGACAAAGACUCCAACUCCCAUGAUCCCACACUGCUCCACCACUACACACAACUGUAGUUAGUGUGUGGCUAAUGCCCACUGGUGUUUACAUUCCUUCAUUUCAAUUCACUUGUUUAAAGACAAAUGAAUUCCGAUUAUUUUUUAAGUUAAACAUAAUUUCGUUACAUAUGACUUGACUUUUAUUGUUGUAAGUUUUAACAACAUUUUUUAACAGAACACAUCCACAUGCCCCUUUCAUGUUUAAAGGUCACUGUGCAUCACUUUGUUUCACGCUGUUUUUCUCAAUCACUGCUGCUCAUGUUGACAUUUUCAGAUUCCUUGUUGACAACGUGCUUUAACGCCUUAAUGCUGUGGGGGGGGGGGGGGGGGGCGCUCUUAUCAGGACCACAGGGUCAUCGGGAUCACUCCUGCAGCAGACUCAUCAAAUGUCCGUAUUUUGCUGCAUCUCACAGGAUAAACAUUUAAUUGUUAUGUAUAUCAGAUUAACUUUAAUUCUUUUUUAUUUGUUUGAUGAGAAGUACCUGAAUACCAAAAUGCUGUUUUUUCUAUUGCUUAAAAAAGAAUAAGAUACAAGCUGACAUGUACAGGAUGUUGUUAGAAUUAUUCUAUUGGUAAAUUUUUUUGAUGACACCAUUCUGGAAAUUGAUUCCAAUGGUCUCUGUUUUUUGACAAUGGGAUAAUAAUUUAAAUGAAUGUGUUCUUUUUUAUGGUCGAGCUCCUUUAGUCUUUUAUGAUUUGUAAUGCUGGAUUGAAGUGUCCGUGUUGGUUGAUAUGUGGUAGAAGGAAUAGAUGAGUUUCCUCAAGCAUCACAUUUAUUGGAGCGUGUGUGAAGCUGCGCUCGGUCACGUGACGCCUGAUGGAGUCAGUCGGAUCUGACUGUGGAUGUUGCAUGAAACAGUGAAGUUGUUGUUUAGACUGUGCUGUAUUUGAACUAGAAUUAAAUUAUGAUGUUUGAAGUCACUGUGUCAGAAUUUAUUAAGAUGCUGAAGCUUAAUUGUUAUAGUUUGACAUUGAACCAUA